CGGAGGCGACGCGAGCUGAUGACGUGCGGCUCGCGGGGCGGCUCGGAAGCAUGGCGUCCGUGUCGCUGAGCGAGGCGGAGAAGGUGUACAUCGUGCACGGCGUCCAGGAAGACCUCCGUGUGGAUGGCCGUGGCUGUGAGGACUACCGAUGUGUGGAAGUGGAAACUGACGUCGUAUCCAACACCAGUGGGUCGGCCAGGGUCAAGCUGGGUCAUACAGACAUCUUGGUGGGAGUGAAAGCAGAAAUGGGGACGCCGAAGCUGGAGAAACCAAACGAAGGCUACUUGGAGUUCUUCGUUGACUGUUCAGCCAAUGCUACCCCUGAAUUUGAAGGUCGAGGAGGUGAUGACCUCGGCACAGAAAUCGCUAACACCCUCUACCGCAUAUUUAACAAUAAGAGCAGCAUCGACCUGAAGUCCCUCUGCAUUAGUCCCCGGGAGCACUGCUGGGUUCUCUACGUGGAUGUGCUGCUACUGGAAUGUGGUGGAAAUUUGUUUGAUGCCAUUUCCGUUGCUGUAAAGGCUGCUCUCUUCAAUACAAGGAUACCAAGGGUUCGAGUUCUGGAGGACGAAGAGGGGUCGAAGGACAUUGAACUGUCUGAUGACCCAUAUGACUGCAUCCGACUAAGUGUGGAGAAUGUCCCCUGCAUUGUCACUCUGUGCAAGAUUGGCUAUCGGCACGUGGUGGACGCCACUCUUCAGGAGGAGGCCUGCUCCUUGGCCAGCUUGCUGGUGUCGGUGACCAGCAAGGGAGUCGUGACGUGCAUGAGGAAAGUGGGGAAGGGCAGCCUGGACCCAGAGAGCAUCUUCGAGAUGAUGGAGGUAACUACCGUAUCACCACAGAGAUAGCAAGCACUCUUCCUCCCUUCUUGGAAACGAUGACUUUUCACUGAAGAAUCCAAAGCACUUGAUUUCUAUGUUCUCUUUUUAUCAUCUUAUUUAAAAGAACAAGGCGGCUGAUGUCUACAGUGUGGAGUUCCCCAUCGUGGGCCGUGAAGACAUACUGCCCAGGCUGCAGAUUCUGCAGGGUCUGGCCGCUGUCCCCUCAUCUGCAAAGUGGGAAUAAUGACAGUAGUGUCUGCCUCAGAGGUGGUUAUGAGGGUUAUGUGAGGGUGUGGAGGGGAGGCGUGUGUCUGGUACAUCCCAUCAGUUCUCAGUAAAUGUUGACUCUCAUUCCCUGGGCUCCAUCGAGCACCCUGAGUUCAGGUUCCUCCAGAAGCACUUACAAUGCUUUCUCAGUUCUAUCAAAGGCCGCUCUAGACAAGUGACUAUCAAACCUGUUUUAGAAGGUAUUCCUUUCCUGCUGCAAGAGUAUUUUAUGAGCAUUCCUGUAUCUAAACAACAAAAAUAAAUAAUAGCUGAAAUUUA